AGAUGGUGAUAAUACAAGAAGGAUGGUGAUAGAUGCCCAAAAGAUGCCCCAAAUCCAAAGAGAACCAGCACAGUGAACCCGCUCAGGUGCUCCAUGGGAAGCUGCACCGUUUCCCUUUGCAUUUCCCACACCUGUUUUAUGGCAAUUUGGGUACACAGACCCCCCACCUCCCACCAGCAUGAGGAGCAGCAGGUGAACGCAAUUAAGGUGAGGGUGUGCCCACCCCACCAAGGUCAUAAAAGCCCCAGAAGGGCCGCUCACCCUGCACUGCGGGAGGAGAUGGAGCCGGGCUCGUUGGUGGCACCGGGGGCGCUACGGGGUCGGGGGGGCUCUGUGAGACCCCUGUGCAGGGAUUUUGCCCGCGGUCGGUGCCGCUGGGGGCAGCGCUGCCGCUUCUCGCACGGCUCGAAGUUCCCCCCGCCCCGGCAUCGCGCUCCGGCUCCGGAACAGCCGCAGCCCGCAAGGACCCGCUGGGACGGGUCGGAGCCGGGGGCGGCGUCCUGGGGCCGGGGGGCAGCGGGGAACAGCUUUGACCCCAGCACAACUCGAGCCGCCUUCGGAUCCCCACGUAUGGAAGAAGAAGAGAAUGGCAACGAGAACAUCCCCGUGCGCCGUGACCGCCCCGGGUGGGCUGUGCGUGGAGGAUCCGUCCCUGCGAGAGCUCGGGGUGCAGCAGGCCCCCGCCGGAAUGGGCUGAGAUCAGACUGCAGCUUCCCAGCCCCCAGCAAAGCAAUGGAGGCAGCGUGGGCUCAUUGCUCGGAGGACCCCGCACAGCUCGGUGCUGCCGCAGCUCCGGCCCCCCCCGCAGACCCGAGGGCACGCAGCGAGGCUGUGGUGUGCGGCAUCUGCAUGGAGCGGGUCUAUGGGAAGGCGCUGCCCGAGGAGCGGCUCUUUGGGAUCCUCCCCAGCUGCAGCCACGCGUUCUGCCUGGGUUGUAUCCGCACCUGGAGACGCAGCCGGGACUUCCCGAGCACCGUCAUCAAGGCCUGCCCGCAGUGCCGGCUCACCUCUGCCUACUACAUCCCACACAAGUUCUGGGUCUCAGAUGGAGCUGAAAAGCAGCAGCUCAUCGAAAGCUUCAGGGCACGGACAGGGAGAAUCAGCUGCAAAUUCUUCACCCGGAACCGCGGCCGCUGCCCCUUUGGGUCUGACUGCAUCUACCUGCACCAACUGCCCCAUGGACGCCCCCCACCACCACGGCACAGGAGGCAGCAGCGUGUUGAGCGCAGCCCAUCCCCCUUGGAGAGCUCUGAUGAGGAAGAGGAGGAAUUCCACCUGCUGGAAUGGGCCGUCACCAGCGCUCUGCUGGAGCUGGACUUGCUGUAUGCGAGCUAUAGGCAGCAGCUGCUCUUUGAGGACAGCAGUGAUUCAAACUGAGACGUGGGACCCCCCGGGUGCUCUUGGCUUCAAGGGAAGCAUCUGGGAAUGGAAUGAUCUGCUUUUAAUGCUUUGAGCUGCUCCUGGCUUUGGUAUGAUGGGGUGGAGGGGUGCCUAUGGGACGGGGUGCCUAUGGGAUGGUCCGUCUGCUGCGUGGAUCCGGGUUAUUCAGUGGGGGGUUUCAGCCCCUUCAUUUGCCCCCUGCAGGAGCUGAGAUGGGGAGGGGUUUUUUUAAGGCACAGAGGGCUGAGAGGAACGUUGAGCCGGGCUGCCCUGGGGUUUUAAGCUGUUUUUAAACCAAUUUUAAACUGUUUUUAGCGAAAUCUGGGAAUAUCGAAAUAAACCAGCUCUAACACUGCC